AUGGCUUCCAACAACAUGGUCCCCUCGGCCAUCAACCCCGACGUUGAGGACGACAUCUUCAACAAGGAGGUCGAGCAGGUCAAGGCCUGGUGGAAGGACUCGAGGUGGCGCAACACCAAGCGUCCCUUUACUGCCGAGCAGAUCGUCUCCAAGAGGGGUACCCUCAAGGUCGAGUACCCCAGCAAUGCUCAAUCCAAGAAGCUCUGGGGGAUCCUCGAGGCCCGAUUCAAGUCCAGAGAUGCCAGCUACACUUACGGCUGCCUCGAGCCCACAAUGGUCACCCAGAUGGCAAAAUAUCUCGACACCGUCUACGUCUCUGGAUGGCAAUCAUCAUCUACGGCCUCUUCAUCCGACGAGCCGGGUCCCGAUCUGGCAGACUACCCUUACACCACCGUCCCCAACAAAGUCGGCCACCUCUUCAUGGCCCAGCUCUUCCACGACCGCAAGCAGCGCCAGGAGCGUCUGAGCACCCCCAAGGAUCAGCGCUCCAAGCUCGCGGGGAUCGACUACCUCCGUCCCAUCAUCGCCGACGCCGACACCGGUCACGGCGGUCUCACCGCCGUCAUGAAGCUGACCAAGCUCUUCAUCGAGAAGGGUGCGGCCGGAAUCCACAUCGAAGACCAGGCUCCCGGCACCAAGAAGUGCGGACACAUGGCCGGGAAGGUGCUCGUUCCCAUCCAGGAGCACAUCAACCGUCUCGUCGCCAUCCGUGCCCAGGCCGAUGUGAUGGGUACCGACCUUGUUGCCGUGGCCCGCACAGACGCCGAGGCCGCCACUCUCAUCACCACCACCAUCGACCCCCGCGACCACGCCUUCAUCCUGGGCAGCACCAACCCUUCCCUCCAGCCGCUCAACGACCUGAUGAUCAGGGCCGAGGCCGAGGGCAAGGUCGGCGACCAGCUCCAGCGCAUAGAGGACGAGUGGAUCGCCGAGGCCGGGCUGAAGCGCUUCGACGACGCCGUCAUCGACGCCAUCGACGCCAGCUCCCAGCCCGACAAGGCCGGGCUCAAGUCCGCCUACCUCUCCCGGUCGAGGGGCAGGAGCAACGCCGAGGCCCGCGCCGCCGCCAGGACCGUCCUGGGAGGCGGGACCGACGUCUUCUUCGACUGGGACGCCCCCCGCACCCGCGAGGGUUACUACCGCCUCCGGGGGGGCUGCGACUGCGCCAUCAACCGGGCCAUCGCCUACGCUCCCUACGCCGACGCCAUCUGGAUGGAGAGCAAGCUUCCGGAUUAUGCCCAGGCUCAGCAGUUUGCCGAGGGUGUUCACUCUGUCUGGCCUGAGCAGAAACUGGCUUAUAACCUUUCCCCCUCAUUCAACUGGAAGACUGCCAUGCCCCGAGACGAGCAGGAGACAUACAUCCGUCGACUGGCCAGCCUGGGCUACUGCUGGCAGUUCAUCACCCUGGCGGGCCUGCACACCACGGCCCUCAUCAGCGACCGCUUCGCCCGCGCCUACGCCGAGGUCGGCAUGCGCGCGUACGGCGAGCUCGUCCAGGAGCCCGAGAUCGAGCUGGGCGUCGACGUCGUCAAGCACCAGAAGUGGUCGGGAGCCACCUACGUCGACGAGCUGCAGAAGAUGGUCACCGGUGGCGUGAGCUCUACGGCUGCUAUGGGCAAGGGUGUGACAGAGGAUCAGUUUAAAUAG